AUGGACGCGAAGAAAAUAAAUAUCGAAUUCCUCCUGGAAUUCAUUAAGCGGGAGAGCCCGGCUCUCCUGCUGAAAUUCGCCGCCGCUUCCCUCACGGGCGAGAUGCCCACAGGGAAUAACGCCUCCGACAUGGAGUGCGAGUUCGCCUCUUCGGAGGAGACCCUCUCCGGCUCAGAGUCCGGGUCCCGUUCCUCUGAAUCAGAGGACGAAAACGACGGUUUCAAAACCGUCGUAUCCAAAAGAAGGAAAAAUAAAACGCCAUCGCCGCUCCCGCCGAACGGAGCAAUCGUCGCGUCCCCACGGGCAGCGUCACCCCGCGUACCCACCCCUGCAACGGCCGCGUCUGUCGCGAACACCCCCGCCACCCGCGCCGCCGCCCCUCAACGGGUAGCAACGGCCACGACGGUCGCUGCAAACCCCGGCACCCGCACUCCCGCCCCUCACCGAAUAGCAACGGUCGUAUCUGACACAGAUACCCCCGCCACCCGCGCCGCCGCCCCUAAGCGAGUAGCAACGGUCGUUUCAUCGCGCCCCGCAUCCCCCGCAGGGAGUAGCACUUCCUCUGCCCCCGCUUCGCCGAUCGCUAAGCGUCCGAAGUCCGGCGUUAUGGAUGCCCCCGCCCCCGCCUCAUCCGCCGUAGACGCCGCUACUCCGCCACGUGCUACGACGCCACCGCCUCUCUACAUAAGAGAGACCAACCAACAUGGGAAUAAAGGUCCAGGUGUCCACAGCGGCGGACCACCGUCGUAUGACGGCCCUCCUGCGCGAGCGUGGUACGGAAUACCACACCUACGCGCUCGAGGAGGAGCGUCGCCUCACGGUGGUAAUCCGCGGGAUGCCGUGCGAAAUUCCCACGGACAGCAUAUUAAAUGA